AUGGAUUUGAUCAACUGGACUCUCAACGCAAUUGACCCCAUCUUCUCGACCAGAAGCCUGGGCUCCUGGCCCUCCUGCCCUGCCGGGACGUUUGCAGCUGGCUACGUGAUGGACGUGGGAGAGGUGGCGUGUCGUUAUGAGGAUGUUGGAUCGUUGAGAUAUUUUUAUUUUAUGAUAGCUGCAAUGUUGUACGUUGUAAUUGUAAUUGUCAACACUUCUCUGCUUGUCGUUAUCUGUGUUAACAGAAGCUUACAUGAACCUAUGUACAUUUUUCUGUGCAGCCUGUUUGUAAAUGAACUGUAUGGUAGUACAGGGUUGUUUCCAUUCCUUCUGGUUCAGAUCCUCUCUGACAUUCACACUGUUUCUGUUUCUUUGUGUUUCCUGCAGAUUUACUGUUUGUAUACUUACGGAAGUAUAGAAUUUUGUAAUUUAGCCGUCAUGUCUUAUGACAGAUAUCUUGCUAUCUGUUGUCCUCUGCAAUAUAACACACGCAUGACAUGUAACAAAGCAGUUAUCUUUAUUAUUGCUGUAUGGUUGUAUUCUUUUGUCAGUGUCCUGAUUCCCUUUUCCUUAAACAUCCGUUUGACACUUUGUGGAAACAUCAUGAACAGUUUGUGUUGUCAUAACUACCUUGUUGCAGAGUUGGCCUGUUCUGACAUCAAAGUGAAUAACAUUUAUGGACUUUUUUCCACUGCUGUCUCAUUGUUAGUCCCUCUGCUUUCAAUCCUUAUUUCUUACGGUAAAAUUCUCAAAGUGUGUUUUUCUGGCUCCAAACAGACGAGACAGAAAGCUGCCAGUACCUGCAUACCUCACCUCGCUUCUCUGCUCAACUUUUCUUUUGGCUGCAGCUUUCAAAUUCUUCAGAGUAGAUUUGAUAUGAGCAGUGUACCCAGUGUGCUGCGUAUUAUUCUGUCCCUGUACUUUCUCAUCAUGCCGCCAUUUUUGAACCCUUUCAUGUUUGGUUUGCAAAUGUCAAAAAUAUGGAAUAAGUGUAAACAUAUCCUCUUUCAUAAAAUGUUGGCUCGUCGCAAAAUAAAAUGA